AUGGGUGUAAAGUACGGCUGUCACAAAUGUGUCGCCUCCUUUCUCCGUCUCCUCGUCAAGCCCAGACUCCACCUGGACCCCAAACCCGAUGAAGUAGCCCUCAUCCCCGCUCGAGACGCGGGCCGCACAAUCACCGCUCAUAUCUACAAGCCAAGCAUCCAAGGUCCAACCCCAGUCGUGAUCAACUUCUGCGGCAGCGGGUUCGUCCUAGGGACCUUCGGCGGCGACGACGAAUACUGCCGCUUCGUCGCCGACAAAGCAAACUACACCGUCAUCGACGUGCAGUACCGCCUCGCACCCGAAAAUCCCUUCCCAGCCGCCUUCCACGAUGCCGAAGACGUAAUAACCUGGGUACGCUCACAACCAGAGCGCUUCGACCUAUCGCUACUAUCCCUAUCAGGAUUCAGCGCAGGCGCCAACAUCGCACUUACCGUCUCAUCGUCCUCUGAACUUUUUCUCCAAGCGGAAGGAAAGAACAUCUUCAAUUCCGUCAUUUCCUUCUACGGGCCCAUGGACAUGUCCCUUCCAACACCCAAGAAGCCGCAGGCGGACCCCUCGAACUGGAUCAUGCGUCAUAUAUUCCCAACUUUCUCGCACUUGUGUCAUAAGUGUCUUAAUAUGGGGCGAGUUGAUCCGACGGAUCCCAUGUUGUCGCCUAUACUCGCAGAUCCGAGUACUUUCCCGGCUAACACGCUGAUUAUUACUGCGGCGCAGGAUCCGUUUGCGAUUGAGGCGGAGAAGUUCUCUGACAAGUUGAACAAUACUGAUGGGAAGUAUUCGAUUUGUCGGAGGAUGGAGGAUUGUGCUCAUGGGUGGGAUAAGGAGGCGGUUGAUGGUACUCCGCAGUGUGAGGCAAAAAUGGAGGCCUAUGAGCUUGCUGUCGCGAUGUUGCGGCGAAAUGCUGGUGCAGGGGAAAAUGAUAGCACUGUGCAGGACGGGCGUGUUGAUUCAUUUUAG